CCCCCGGGAGAGCGGAGGAGCAUUAAUAAAUCUAUAAGCCGAGGAGGGAACUCUGGCUGAGCAGAGCGCACAGCUCCGGCGGUGCGUAGGGAUCGGCCGCGCCGGCGCCAGUGGCCGCAGGAGCGACACAACUGGCUCAAAACAUUAGAGGCCACCACGGAAGGGAGCCUGUGGUCCUCUCUCGUAAACACACUCCCCUCCACCGCCGCCUCCCUCUCCGCGCCGCGCGCCGUCCUCGUUGGCGCCCAAGGCGGCUCCGAUUGCUAUGUGACAGCGAGGCUGCGGGAGGAAGGGGACUGGGGAGACGAGGCUCGCCCCCGGGAGCACCUGGGGGCCAAGUUUGCAUCCACUUCUGCAGGCUCCCCGUCUUAGCCCGCGCCCGCCCCUUCCUGCAGCCUAGCUGGCCCGGGUGCCCUUCGCUUCCUCGCGCGACUAGCAGCCUCGGGUCCCGGCGACCAUGGUGACGAUGGAGGAGCUGCGGGAGAUGGACUGCAGUGUACUCAAAAGGCUGAUGAACCGGGACGAGAACGGCGGCAGCGCGGGCGGCAGCGGCGGCCACGGCGCCCUGGGGCUGCUGAGCGGUGGCAAGUGCCUGCUGCUAGACUGCAGACCGUUCCUGGCGCACAGCGCGGGCUACAUCCGAGGCUCGGUCAACGUGCGCUGCAACACCAUCGUGCGGCGGCGGGCCAAGGGCUCCGUGAGCCUGGAGCAGAUCCUGCCCGCCGAGGAGGAGGUGCGCGCCCGCCUGCGCUCCGGCCUCUACUCGGCCGUCAUCGUCUAUGACGAGCGCAGCCCGCGCGCUGAGAGCCUCCGCGAGGACAGCACCGUAUCGCUGGUGGUGCAGGCGCUGCGCCGCAACGCCGAGCGCACCGACAUCUGCCUGCUCAAAGGCGGCUACGAGAGGUUUUCCUCCGAGUACCCGGAAUUCUGUUCCAAGACCAAGGCCUUGGCAGCCCUCCCACCCCCGGUGCCCCCCAGCGCCACAGAGUCCUUGGACCUGGGCUGCGGCUCCUGUGGGACCCCCCUGCACGACCAGGGCGGUCCUGUGGAGAUCCUUCCCUUCCUCUACCUCGGCAGUGCCUACCAUGCUGCCCGGAGAGACAUGCUGGACGCCCUGGGCAUCACGGCCCUGUUGAACGUCUCCUCGGACUGCCCAAACCACUUUGAAGGACACUAUCAGUACAAGUGCAUCCCCGUGGAAGACAACCACAAGGCGGACAUCAGCUCCUGGUUCAUGGAAGCCAUCGAGUACAUCGAUGCGGUGAAGGACUGCCGCGGGCGCGUGCUGGUGCACUGCCAGGCGGGCAUCUCGCGCUCGGCCACCAUCUGCCUGGCCUACCUGAUGAUGAAGAAGCGGGUGCGGCUGGAGGAGGCCUUCGAGUUCGUGAAGCAGCGCCGCAGCAUCAUCUCGCCCAACUUCAGCUUCAUGGGGCAGCUGCUGCAGUUCGAGUCCCAGGUGCUGGCCACGUCCUGUGCCGCGGAGGCCGCCAGCCCCUCGGGCCCCCUGCGGGAGCGCGGCAAGGCCACCCCGACCCCCACGUCGCAGUUUGUCUUCAGCUUCCCGGUCUCCGUGGGCGUGCACUCGGCCCCCAGCAGCCUGCCCUACCUGCACAGCCCCAUCACCACCUCCCCCAGCUGUUAGAGCCGCCCCGGGAUCCCCAAAGCCAGAGGUGGCUCCCCGCGGGGGGGGGCGGCUGCGUGCGGGCAGCCGGUGGACACUGACCAGCUGGGGGCAGGUGACCAAGCUCCUUCCCUGUGCAUUUCUCCUUGGCUGACCACGGGGCCAUCCAGAUGGCAAUAAGGACUCUGACUCCAUAUAAACAGCAAACAAAACAAAACACUCCAACCUAGAGCAAUAACGGCCGUCCCAGUGGCCAGGGAAGACCUUGGUUUGGUUUAUGUGUCAGUUUUACUUUUCAGAUAGAAAUUUCUUACCUCAUUUUUUUAAGCAGUAAGGCUUGAAGUUUAGGAAACUCACAGAUCCUGGCAAAUGUGCCCAACCAGUUUUAUUAAAGGGGGGAGGGAGGGGGGGAGGGAGAAGAUAACGGAGAAAACAAGUUUGCCAGAAGUGCCUGGUUCUGUGUGCUUGUCCCUUUUGUUGUCAUCGUCGUUGUCAUUUGUUGUAGUUUCGGGAAUUUUGUUUUUGUAAAAGAAA